AUGAAGCAGCCCUUCCUCCUCGUUCUCACGCUCGCGGCGACCCACGGCGAGUCGGAGGACGCAGCCUCGAGCAAGUCCUGCCCCUGCAGCCCUCUGUCGGGGAUUCGCUGCCUCUUCUGCACGACGAUCCACUUGCGCCUCGACUGCAUCGGCGACAUCAUCCAAGACGAAUUUUUUCUACCCGACGACGUUAACUACACGUGCGGCAAUGGCUCGACCAAGACGAAGAUCUUCUAUCCAGCGGGGCCGCUGCCCACUACCACAAAGUACCCGGUGGUCAUGUUUCACCGUGGCACCAACGGCUACAGGCACAAACCACCCGAUGUGAAUGGGACAGGGUAUGACGCGUGGCUAGCGACCGUUGCGAUGGAAUGCCUUAUCGUCAUUGCGCCCGAAACCGACGGAGGGUACAAGCCAAACGACAAAAAAGACAAAAAAUACUGCCUGAGGGACAAAGACCUGCUCAUCGCCAUGGAGUGGGCCAGAGCGAACCUUACCUUACUUUACCCGUCGUUGAAGGCUGACUGGGAUAAUGUCGGCGCAAUGGGGCACUCCGCAGGAGCCCACCACCUGCCGAAAUUUGUCGAAGACGCUAAUAGCACCCUCAGUGUCGACAUCAAGGCUACGGUCUUCUCUCACGGCGGCGACGAUUUGCAACACAACCUGUCUUACGAUAAACCGUCCUUCUUCCUUACCGCGAAUGGCGAUAACAGAGCUCAAACAGUCUUCCCUACCGCGAAUGGCGAUAACAGAUCUCAUACAAAGAAGAGCCCGCACUGCACAACGCCGGAAUGCUCGUAUGCCUGGUUCAGGGGCAUGAAUGCGACAAACAAAGUCUUUGCCAACAUGCAAAAAGGAAAUCAUCAUGAGCCGCACACGCACCACCAGUUUGCAAACUGGACCGGCAUAUUUCUCGCAUGCCAUCUGUACCCGUUGGGGUCGAAGACACGGGCGGCGACAUGCCCUCGCAUUUACGAUGUCACGCCUGAGAUUUGCAAUCAAUCAUCUGUGUCGCAAGACGGCCCGGAACCUUGGAACGCGCCUUGGCCGCCACUUUCCGAGGCUUGGGACGCGAUACGCAACGACUCGAGGUCCUUGGAUAAGUCGGGGAUGGACGUGACACAAGCUUGGAACGUGCCUGGAUGCGAGGUCCUCGGGUCGGCGCCACCGUAA